UGAGGGGGCCAUCAUCCCGGCAGCUUGGUGGGGGAAAACACAGUUUAAAGUCUCUCUAGAUGGAUUUAAAACGGACGAGCAGGCUUUUCCGACAGGUGCCCGAGUAGCUGUUUGGCAUCCCCGCGUUUCAAUAUUGAGUUUCUUUGGAUGGCAUCUCCUCCACUUCCUGUUCCUCUACUUUCCAUCUUGAGCUGGCGUUGGUCACUGAUAUAUAUAUAAUUCAAUAAAACCUCCAGUGGGCAUGCAGAAAGGCCUACGUUUACUUGAUUAAAUCUAAAUCUUACACGUCCACUACCCCCCCAUCACGUAGGCCUACAUUCAGACAUACGGCCCGACACCCCCUCCUCUUUCUUUCGCUUUAGGUCAUAUUGAGAGGGGCAGCAAAACACUUGGACCUGCGCACAGACAAACACACAAGCAGACACACACGGGCCACCAUGUCCUCCAUCCUACCUUUCACUCCCCCUGUAGUGAAACGCCUGUUGGGAUGGAAGAAGACUCCAGGAGGGAGUGCAGGAGCAGGAGGAGGAGGAGGGAUAGGAGGAGGAGGGGAGCAGAACGGAGGAGGACAGGAGGAGAAAUGGUGUGAAAAGGCCGUAAAGAGCCUGGUGAAGAAGCUGAAGAAGACAGGGCAGCUGGAUGAGCUGGAGAAAGCUAUCAGCACGCAGAACAGUAACACAAAGUGUGUCACCAUACCCAGUAAUUGCUCAGAUCUAUGGGGUCUGGGCUCAGGACAUACGAUAGAGCAGUGGGACUCUUCAGGCAUGUACGGAUACCCUGACCACAGCAGGUCACUAGAUGGGCGUCUUCAGGUGUCCCAUCGUAAGGGCCUUCCUCAUGUUAUCUACUGUCGCCUGUGGAGAUGGCCCGACCUUCACAGUCACCACGAGCUGCGGGCCAUCGACACCUGCCAGUACGCAUUCAACCUCAAGAAGGACGAAGUGUGUGUCAAUCCCUACCACUACCAGAGAGUGGAGACGCCUGUGCUGCCUCCAGUGUUGGUGCCGCGCCACACAGAGAUCCUGACAGAGCUGCCGCCUCUAGACGACUACACACACUCCAUUCCUGAAAAUACCAACUUCCCUGCCGGCAUAGACCCCCCAAAUAACUACAUACCAGAGACUCCCCCACCUGGCUACAUCAGUGAAGAUGGAGAGACGAGCGACCAGCAAAUGAAUCAAAGUUCACCAGCAGAACUGUCGCCAAGUACACUGUCACCUGUCAGCCAUGGCCUGGACCUGCAGCCAGUCACCUACAGCGAGCCGGCUUUCUGGUGCUCGAUAGCUUACUAUGAGCUGAACCAGCGAGUCGGAGAGACCUUCCACGCCUCGCAGCCGUCUCUGACUGUCGACGGCUUCACCGACCCCUCCAACUCUGAACGCUUCUGUCUAGGGCUGCUCAGCAACGUUAAUAGGAACGCAACUGUCGAAAUGACAAGGAGACAUAUAGGUCGCGGUGUACGGUUGUAUUACAUCGGAGGGGAAGUGUUUGCCGAGUGCCUCAGUGACAGUGCCAUUUUUGUCCAGAGUCCCAACUGCAACCAGCGGUACGGUUGGCACCCUGCCACAGUCUGCAAGAUACCGCCAGGCUGUAAUCUGAAGAUCUUUAACAACCAGGAGUUUGCGGCUCUGCUGGCCCAGUCAGUCAAUCAAGGCUUUGAGGCAGUUUACCAGCUCACCAGGAUGUGCACCAUCAGGAUGAGCUUCGUCAAAGGAUGGGGAGCAGAGUACAGGCGUCAGACGGUAACCAGCACCCCCUGUUGGAUCGAGCUGCAUCUCAACGGCCCCCUCCAGUGGCUGGAUAAAGUGCUGACCCAAAUGGGCUCACCCUCGGUCCGUUGUUCCAGCAUGUCCUAAACGCAGGCAGCAGCGUCAGACUGAUAUUCACACAAUGUUAGAGCGGCGUGUCCUAAAGGAGGAGACCACCAUGCAGUUUUAAACUGAUGCACCCACAUUUUUUUUUUUUUUUGAAGAAAAAUUGUCCUGAAAGACGAGACAACGAUGCCACUCUGAUGGAUAUUCAUGGCAUGGGUCCAGUCACCUUGGCAAAGUUGGAACAACAUCAAGCUGACAUUCCAGUAAUUGUAGACUGUUGACCUAAAAUCACACUGCAAUAUCAAAAUGAUUCUCACACAACAGUCAAGCGUCUGGUCGUAAUGGACUAGACUGCAUUUAUGUUUUAGGGAUUUAAAUGACGUUCCAAUCCAGAGGGACAAACGGGCUUCAGUGUCUUGCUGAGCAAAGUCUCGACAGGGCACAUAGCUGUUCCCAGGACUGAACAUGUGACCCCCUACUUACAAGACAGUCUCUCCAACAACUAGUCCACCACACCACAGCACAAGCUUGAUUAAAUGUCAGAUUUUUAUUUACACAAAGUUUGACCAAUUUUCUAGUGAAGACAUGACAUUGAUACUGCGGCGCCAGGCUGAUGUUCAGCAAAAGUUGAGUUCAUUCCUUAAUAUGAAUUCCUUGGUGGGUUUUUUUUUUUUUUUGGUUUUGGUGACCAAACUUUCAUUCAUUUUUAUUGGAUAUUUCCACUUUAAACUGCGUUUUCCAACCCAGUCGUUAUGCAAAUAACACUGGACUGUUAUGCUGACAUAAGAUUACCCAAACACUGAUCUUCAACUCCUAUAUUCCAGCUGAUAUAUAGCUACUUGCCCUCUUGUUUAUAUUUAAUAGUACAUAUUUCCUCUUCACCUGUUCACAAGCACAUUUAACUAUAGAUACACAUGCACAUUUUUACAAUUCAAUGCACCAUGUAACUUCUUGCUGUCGCCAUCACCUUUGCUUUCACUUUACAGCAAACUAUUUAUUCUGUAUCCUAGAUGUUGAUCGGCUCUACAGAGCCACUUGUCUGCAACUGGACAGAAAGUCUUAAGUUCUGUUCCAGGAAGUGUGGAUCUCAGUUUAAAUGAAGAAAUAUGCCUAAUAUUAUUCUUCUGUGAGGAGUUUUAAUCAGAGUGUGGUCAGUUGCAAACUAGCCAACAUAUCUGGAAUGAGUAAGCUAAUGAAUCCUUAAAGCAGGAGGAUUUAAUACUUCACCCCUCUGGCAUUGCACCAGACUUCAAUCCGCGAGCUUGUCUCUAGAUUAUUCAAAGUGGUAGGAGCUUGCUACAAUUAACAGUUUUCCCCCGCUCGUUUUGUGGCACACCCAGUUGCACUAUGUCUCUCGUGUGUGCUCUUGCUCUCUCCCUCUCUCGCAUUCCCUUUAUUAACCAUUUCUAUAAAUAAUAUCAUUACCUGUACCUUGGGGGGUGGAAGAUGUGUGUGGGACUUGAAAACUCAAUGUCGCCCCCUGCUGUUUAUAAGAUGAAAAGACAAACACCCUUUACUGAUGUUUCACUCUUGAGAUGUAGCCAUUGUACAAGUCUCUCUUUUUAUAUGCUAGGACCAAUGCACGAUUUCUCCAUUAUUGAUAUGAUAUGGUGUUGAUAGGAAGGUCCUGCAAUGCAGAAUCAAUGCAGCCUUGUGGGACUGCUAAAACGGCUACUGCUGUCCAUGCACUGCCCCACAUUAUGUGCCCCUGUUUUUUCUUUUUUGUUUUUCCCUACAAGAAAGUUGCCUUUGAUGUGAAAUGGAGCAAGAUUUGCUUUGAAAUGCACAGAUAGGAAUGUUUAAAAGCCCGAUUGAAAUCAAGCAAGCAAAAAAGAAAAAGAAAAAAAUCCAUAUUUUCUGAAUAUUGACUGGAAAGAUUCUCUCCUUCUUCAAAUUGGGUCACUGCAAAGUGACCGGAUGAUUCACUUGAUUUCAGUGAAACUUAUGGCUCUGUGGAAGAUGCCAGAUGGUCCCAAAAUUUGUAUUUUAGAGUCCAAAUCUUUUCAAAUCCAAAUAAUUAAGCUUUAAGUAUUUUACAACCUGGGUUAUAUUACACAAUUGUUAUUUUCCUUAUACAUUCUUUUAGCUACAUUUUUGUAUUUCCAUGUAUUUUUUAUAUAUAAAUAUAUUUAAAAUCUUCAAAGCUUUCUUCCUUUUUAUUAGAAUUGAAUAUUUUCUUAGACCAUACCCCCUUUUUGAUGAUGAGUUGUUAAGUAUGUAGCAUAGGAUACAACAUUUUCACUGUAUUUAUAACAGAAAACAGUUCAAACUGUAUCCUGAAAGAAGUGAGGCCAAGCCCAUUUUGUAUGUAUGUGUGUGUGUGUGUGUGUGUGUGUGUGUGUGUGUGUGUGCGUGCCACUUAUUCACUGUCUCCUUUCUGAAUAUUAGAGUUGGAAAUUUCCACCAGUUGCAGGCCAAGUGUUGCUAAAUGUCGGUUGUUUUUCUCUACCUGCUGCUUCAACAAAGUAAGCAAACAUCUUUUGCAGAUUUCUAAUUAUACAAACAAACAAACAAUCAAACAAACAAACAAACAAUUAGACUUGGAAAAUAGUGAAAGUGUUGGGGAAAUUAUGCAAUCCAUCAGCUGUUAUGGCCGGUAGAUGAAAAUGUGAGUAUUCUUAGCAGCAACAAGAGUUUAACUGCAACCUUCCAAAGACAGAAUUUUUUUUUUUUUUUUUUUUUUUUACUGUGCUCUGUAGCCAGUUUCCUGUUUCAAGAAGAUAAUUGCUGUUAGCAGAUGAAAACCUCACAACCUCAGUUUUAUUAAUGGUUUUCAUUGUUUGAUACUUAAUACCGAAAGCUGCCAUGAUCCUUUUGGGGUUUGGGUUGUUGCAUGGCUGAACACAAACCAGAACGACCGUUAGAUUUUCUUAAAAUAUUGCAUGGACAUCUAACUAGAAAUGAAGCAGUGUUAUUUCCAGAAAUGUUAAAAUAGGAUUUUAUCCUGCAGCAGGGUAAUACAGGAUUGAUUCUACAAUAUAAAAGUUCUCACCUUGAAAAGUGAAUUUAUUUAAAUUUGUUUUACUUUAGCAACAUAAGGCAUUCCAAUCGGCAGUGUUUUAAUGUCUGCCAGAUUCAGAUAUACAGCCGUUUGACUCUUACGUAUGGUUUCAGAGUGACAGUGAAUGUGUGUGUUUUUACAUGCACACUGAAGUCUGGAGAGUACACUAUUGUUAGAUAUCCUGAUCAAGGUCUUAUUUAAAAUAAGCUGUUAAAGCAGUAUUCCUGUAUAAAUGCUAUAAACACCAUAUUCUGGAUGUACUGUAUCAUGAAAGCUGAACUUAAACUUGCCUCGCUCUCUUGGAUAAUAUCGGGGGAAACACUGUUUUAGCAAUAGUAGACUACAUGACUGAGGUUUACAUUCCCAAGCAGAGCCCUCAGUAAAACAUUGCAAACGUUUCCUUUGUCAUAUAAGGGCUGAGAUAAAAGUUACGAGAUCUUGGUGUUUCAUCAGAUGUAUUGUCAGCAUCCUGCAGAAAAUGUAUGCAUCCAUUUUUUUUUUAUUUGAUGCACAAUUUUUAAGCUCCAACUAACAGCUGGCAUUUUCUGUAUUUUGGCACUUGGACUAAACCAAAUGUUGAUGCCUUUAAAAAAACAAAAACAAAACAAAACACCAAAGGCAAAUUCUUGUCCAUCAGAAAACAGUUUUAUGACACUGGGACUAAACCAAACCAUGAAUAGUGCUUUUUAAAAAGAAGCAUGUGGCUUUUCUUAUUUCUCUAAUAUUUGGUAGAUAGUAAAUAAUUUCUGCAAGACACUGAUGGUAUGGCAGGGAAAUGAACACCAGCCACUAACGUCACUCUGCUCCGGCAGCUGCAGAAAAGGUUCUUUUCUGUUCUAAAAAUCAUUUUUGUGCAUUAAACAAUGAACGGCAGUUCAGAUGAACUUGUAUCAGGUCUCAAACCAACAACAGCUGUCUUGUCUGUCUGUCUUUAUAUGAAUCUGUCUGUCCACCCUUCUGUCUUGUCUACAUGUUUGCCUGCCUCAUUGCCUGUCUCUUUCAUUGUAUUAUUCCCGAAGUGUCAUGGCUACUGAACAUUGAUUCCAAGAUGUCAUCCAUUUCUUUUUCUGCUUAUCAGCAUUAUCAUUGUUUAUAUUUUGUAAUGCAUUUUACUUUAUAUAUGGGAGGAAAAGUAAACUGUACUCUUUUUUUGACCUGUGAAAGGAAUAGAUCACCCAAAAAAUAAGUAUGUGGGAAUUAUUUACACUCACCAUCACGUCAGUGGAAGCACAGGUUAAGAUUAUAUCUCAACUGAACACGCAGUUAUCUCGGGCAAACAACUCCAAAACAACCAAAGUGGCUUUAUUUCUUUAAACGUUCAAAAAGGGCCACCAUAAUUGGCAUAAAACUAUUCCAAACAGCAUUAUCCGAGUCUUCUGAAACCAAGAGAUUGCAUUCUGGGUCCAAAAAUCCAGUUUUUGUAUUGACAAAAUCUUCCAUUUUGGGUGAACUAUUCCUUUUAAUAUGAUGAACAAAUUAAAAAGGACAGUGCGGUAUUUCCUUAAGGUUGUUGAUCUUAACAAUAACCCCAUAUUCUAUGCAGUGACAUGACAUCAUGACAUUGUUUGGACCACUGUGGCUUUUUUUUUUUUUUUUGCAUCUUGCAAUGACCAAUCAGGUUGCAAACAAGCCUCAAGCCUCCACAAAUGACCAUUUACUCUGACAUAUUGCCUCAUUGCAACAGUGUUUUCCUAUUGCUAGACAGACAGUGCAUUCAUAUUGUCAGGGUACAGCAAAAACCUUUUUUAUCUGCUUUCUUUUUCGUUUUGAACAUGUAAGUGCCAGCUAACAUUUUUUUUCCCCCAAAAAAAACUCAACCAGCUUUUCUCAAUUCCUAAAAGAGUUGGCUUUUCGGAGAAGUGAAGUUUCUACAUGUCACUAGUGAUAUUCUUGUAUAAUAGCUCUUUUAUUUUACCAUACUCUGUACCUUCUUCUCUCUGUCAACACAGCAUAUUCCAUUAGACAGACAAGCUGUUAGGAUUUCUGUCUUCUUCAGACGAUGAUGAUAAUUCCAGGUGUGUUACAUAUACAGACGAGUUCUUACGGUGUACACUAAUAAAGCUGAUUUAACUGAA